UGUGGGGCGAUGCGGUUCGGGUCCAGGUGUGCCAUGCGGACGGUGCACUGAAAUUCCCCCCAUUCUGCCUUAAAGUUCAUGUCCUGUCCAUCCACUUCUUGUUUGAGUCCCUCUGCCCAUUAGCCAAACUCACGUUACUCCAAUAACUCAGUCUGUUGACCGUCAUGGCUUCCACUGCUUUGCUGUUCCUGGCCCUCUCCUCCUCUGUCUCACUCACAGUGGCAGUCCUGUUUGGCGAGCCAAGAAUCUAUGGAGAUGAUGCUACUGGAUAUGGCCCCAUCUUUGAGGAGGAGCCUGUGGAUGUGGUCUACACUGAAGACUCACCAGAUGGGAGAAUCUCCAUGAACUGCAGAGCUCGAGCGAACCCACCUGCUUCAUACAGGUGGCGCCGUGAUAACUGGGAAAUCAAGCUAAUGGAGCAGCCAGACGAGCACUACAGCCUAGUGGGGGGAAACCUGGUCAUCACCAACCCCAAACAGAAGAAACAUGCUGGGACGUACGUCUGUGUGGCCAAAAAUGUUUAUGGCACCGUCAUCAGCAAGGAGGCCAGGGUGAAGUUUGGAUUUUUGGAGGAGUUUCCCCAGGAAGAAAGAGACCCAGUGUAUGUCAAAGAAGGACAGGGUGCUGUUCUGCUAUGUGCUCCUCCAAAAGCCUGGCCACAGGAGGUGACCUACCGCUGGAUCUUCAAUGAGUUCCCAGUUUUCCUGUACACAGAUCGCCGUCGGUUUGUUUCCCAGAAGACAGGCAACCUGUAUAUAGCCAAAGUGGAAGCUCAGGAUGCAGGAAACUACUCGUGCUUUGUUUCCAGCCCCGUCAUUGGGAAGAGCGUCUUCUCAAAGUUCAUCCCCCUCAUCCCCUCACCCCCUGAUGAUGGUGAGGAGAGAAAGUACCCAGCAGACAUCAGAGUGAAGUUUCCAGAUACGACGGCCAUGCUGGCCUCUAAUAUUACAUUGGAGUGCUUUGCUCUUGGAAAUCCCAUCCCUCAUAUUGUUUGGAGGAAGGUGGACUCCACAGAUCUCCCAGCAAAUCAUGAGAUCAGUGAGUCAGGAGCUGUGCUUCAUCUGUACAAUGUACAGUACGAAGAUGUUGGAGCAUAUGACUGUGAAGCCAUCAACACUAAAGGAAAGGACUGGCACAAGGCCUGGCUGUAUGUGGAGUCUGCUCCAGAGUGGGCAGAAACCAUCAACAAUACUCAGAUCGACAUCGGCUCAGAGCACACCAUGCGCUGUGUAGCAUCAGGGAAGCCAUUCCCUUUCAUCCGCUGGUACAAAGAUGGCUAUAUGUAUGGAAAGGGGGAACUGAAGUUCUCCAGUCUCACUUUUGAUGACUCAGGAAUGUACCAGUGUAUUGCUGAGAACUACUGGGGCAUCAAAUACGCCAACGCUGAGCUGCGAGUCAUCGCCUGUGCUCCUACGUUCGAGUUUAACCCUGUUAAGAAGCAGCUCCUUGGAGCCGAAGACGGCCGUGUAGUGAUCGAGUGUAAACCCCGAGCUGCUCCGAAACCGCGGUACACUUGGACAAAGGGCAAAGAGCUCCUUUUCAACAAUUCGCGGAUUUCCAUCCUGCCUGAUGGGAGUCUGGAGAUUCUCAACGCCACCAUUAAUGAUGAAGGCGUGUACACAUGCUUUGCUGAGAAUAACCGAGGAAAGGCCAGCAGCUCUGGCACUCUCACCAUCACAGAGGCCACUAGCAUCAUAGAACCGCCCGAAGACUCUGAGGUGAAGGUCGGUGAUGAGAUGAUUCUGAGGUGCGCUGCUUCAUACGACCCCAUGCUGGACAUUGCAUACAUCUGGUCCAUAGACUUCAGAGUCAUUGACUUUGACGCUGAGUGGCAACACUAUGAACGUGUUUUGAGAGACGAUGGAAGCGGGGACCUGAGAAUAAAGAAUGUCCAGAUUUGGCACGAAGGUCGCUACCACUGCACGGCUCAGACAGUGGUGGACAGCGAUACUGCAUACGCUGACCUCAAGGUUGUAGGUGUUCCCGGGCCUCCCGGUGUAAUCCGGAUAGAAGAGAUUGGGGACACAUGGGUGAAGCUGUUGUGGUCUAAAGGAUCAGACCAUAACAGCCCCAUUCUCUCCUACACCAUUCAGACCAGACACUACUGGGCCCUAUAUGAAGACGACUGGAGGGACGCAACCACCAGUCCAACGUUACUUGAUGGCAAUGCAGAGAGGGCAGAAGUGACAGAUCUGUAUCCCUGGAUGGAGUAUCAGUUCAGGAUUAUUGCCACCAAUGAGUAUGGCUCUGGAGAGGCCAGCAUCCCAUCUCUAAAGAUCAAAACCUGGGAUGCUGCUCCUGUGGUUUCUCCCACUGAUGUGGCGGGUUAUGGAGGUAGAAAUGGCGAGAUUGUCAUCACAUGGACUCCUGUGCAGCCGUGGUAUUUCUACGGCAAAAAGUUUGGCUACAUUGUGGCCUUCAAGCCUCACGAUGCUUACGACUGGUGGUAUGAGACCAUUUCAGAUCCUGAGACGAGGCGUUAUGUCCACAGGGACUCCUAUUUUAUUCCCACUGAUGAAGAUUUCCAGGUCAGAGAGUUUCAGGUGAAGAUCAAGUCAUUUAAUUUGAAAGGAGACGGACCAUACAGCCUCACCAAGGUCAUUUACUACCCAAGAGAUGUACCUACGGAGUCUCCAACAGAUGUCUAUGCCAGGCCGGUGUCCUCCACUGAAGCUCUGGUGUGGUGGUUACCAGUGGUUGACACUGGUACAGGCCUGCAGCAGUACAUUGAAGGAUACCAGGUCAAAUACUGGAGAAAGUAUGAUGAUCCAGAGCCCGGAGCAAACCGAAUAUUUGUUUCAGCUUCAGUCAACCAGACCAGGUUGGAGAACAUGCUGCCAGACUCGCACUACCUGAUUGAGGUCCGUGCCUUCAACGGAGCUGGCCUGGGACCCCCUGGUGAACACUGUGAGAUGUUCACAAAGAGGCCGCCACCACCAGAUCCUCCCAGGAUGUGGAAAUAUGUUACCUGGACAGGACAGUGGUUGUAUGUGUGGUGGGAUCACAUCCAGUAUGACUGGUUUGGCAAUAUCUCCUUCCCACUCUACUACAAGGUCAUGUUCAGAAAGACGGGCUACAUCUAUGGCAAAGUCUACAUCACUGGCUGGCAUUUCAUGGACUUCCCCAUGCCUCAGACUGGAGACUAUGAACUUAUGGUACGCGGCCGUUAUGAAGGAGGGGACGGCCCAAUCAGGAAGAUUAGUAUUAAGGGUAAAGCAUCAGUGAUCACACCAAUGGUAAACCUGGUGUCUUUGGUGCUGCUGGCGCUGUGCAUCGUGGGAUUGCAAAUUUAAGCCGUGCUGCAAGCGACAUGUAUAUAAUAGACUCUGGGAAGUGAAUCUGUGGAUAGAGAUCCAGUCUCACACUCCUCACACUGAUAGUUGAGAUCAUACAUCAUGUAUCAGUUCUGUUGUAACACAACACAGGAAGUUGUUUUUCACAAUAAAAGCACUGGGUAUUUGCCCUGACACUUUUUAUGGACUUAUUUCAUCUUCUAAAUGAUCUGCAACAGCAGUGAACUGUGUAGAACCCCCAAAUCAGCCAAAUCUGAAUGUCUAAACUUAAGAUAAAACACUUUCAAAUCCAGAUAUUCACACCAAAGUCAGAGCCAAAACGGAUAUAGAUGGAUGACAUUUGUUGAUAUAAUUAAGCUCCCAAAACACUAUGUUCAGCUAGAAGUAAAAGCAUCCAGAAAAGUAAUUUUUAAGUUGUUUCUGAAUGUAUAAAAAGUUCUAUCACUACUACCUUAUUCCAUUUCCUGUUCCAUCAUUCAACUUUCUAUAAUCACUACUUCCUGUUUGGAGCUGAAAUGAGCUGGACAAACAUUACCAAGGUAGAAUUUACCCCUUAAAAUGGGGGAAUGUUAUUUAUAACAAGCACUAUAAAUCUCUCAGAUGGUCAAGCUAUUAAUGUUAUGUAAGCUUGUGUGAUAAUCGCUGUUUGGUUUGGAAUGAGCAGGGACUGUAAAGAUUUUAUGAACUUUUCGUUUGAGCACAUGCAGCAUAUUCACUUUUGUUUAACUUUUUCAGAAUGAUUUUCUAAAUAUUCAACAGUGCUGUGUACAAGGACAGAUGUUAAUUUAUGUUAUCGGCAUAAGAAUCAUGUGCAUAGUUGUAGUUUGAGUUCUAGCUGCAACACUGAAAGCCAUACAUCGACAACAACAACAUUUUGAUUUCCGAAAGUGACAAUGUAAUAUUUGAAUGAACCAUGAGGCCAUGGUUGGACGGAAGCUGCUGUAUAUCACAUAAAUGUAUGCUAAUUUCCUUAAUGUCAGGCUGCGAAUCCAUUAAACAGAG